AUGAUCCUAUGUUUUUACAUAGUUUUUUUUUAUUAUCGUCAUUUUACUCGUAUUAAUCCCCUUCCUGGUCCAAUACCAAUUCCAAUAAUUGGAAUUUUUAUGGUGAAUAAUGAUCUUAUUGAUCAAAUUAAUAAAUUAAGUAAAAUUUAUGGCCAUAAUGGCAUAUUUGAAUUUUAUCUUGCUGGUUAUAGACAAAUUGUAAUUACCAAAGCUGAAUACGCAAAAAAAUUUUUGGCUCCAUCCACGAAAGAAUGCAAGAUUUACUGGAAGAGAUUUCCAUUAAAACUCGAAGUUUUUGAAGAUCAUGGUAUUAAUCAAUUAGGAUUGGCAUUUAAUGAAAAUUUCAAUUAUUGGAAAUUUUAUCGUCAAAUUUAUAUGCAAGCAAUCGGAAAACUAAGUAAUUCAAAUAGAACUACUAAGUUAUUAAAUGAAUUAUUCGAAGAACUGUCAAAUUAUUGGUUAGAUUUGACAGGAAAUAAUUAUAAUUCAGGAGUUAUUGAUUUAACAGCUUGGACAAAACGAUUUUUAACUGAUUUAAUGUUUUUAUUAUCGACAGGAAAGCGAUCAUUUGCGAUUAAAUAUUGUUAUCUUAAACUAAAAAAUGAAAAAGUUACCAAAGAGAUUAUGGAUUCUGAACAUUAUAUUGAAAGCUUAACAUAUUUUUUAGUUAAUAUUCGAAUGGCAUUUGUUCCGAAAUUUUUAAGAAGAUUACCUUUGAUCAGAAAUCAUGUAGAUAAAUUUAUGGAUGUUCGUAAUUUUUUAUUUGAAAGAAUUUUAGAAAAUGUUAGAGAAAAGAGAAAAGAAAUUGAAGAAAUCGGCAGUAAUGAUAAUUUUGACACAAAACAAUUAGAAGAUGAUUCACUGACGUCUUUUAUUAUUGUCAAUACUCCAUACGAAUCUCAUCCUCAAAAAAGACCAAUGAAUGAUAUCGAAAUAAGCUCUAUUUUAUUUGAUGCACUUACUGGAAGUACAGAUUCUGUAUGUAUAAUGAAAUAUAGGGAGGGAGAUAAGGUUGCAAGUGCAUUUAGUUUUGUAUUAUAUGAUAUUGCGCAUAACCCAGCUGCUAAAAUAAAAUUACUGGAUGAGAUUAACUCAGUUAUCGGAGAUGAUUUAACUAGACAAAUCACCCUAGAUGACCUUGAAAAAUUAAAGUAUUGCGAAGCGACUGUUUUAGAAUCAUUAAGAAUGAGAUCACCUACUGCUAUGCUUUCAAGAUACAAUACAGAACCUGAUGAAGUAGCAGGAUAUAAAUGGCCACCCAAUACUUCAUUCCUAAUGAAU